AUGACAUUCAAUCAAAACAUGAUCCUCACUCAAGAUCUCUCUUUACAAAUAGAUGAUGUACAGAUUUUAUCUCAAGAAAGAAGUACCAAGCGGUGGUUUAAAAGUUGGAAUUUUCUUGAUAUGAUGAUGCAAGUAGGGGAUAGAUCGUCCCGCGCCACUUACUUUGAAGACAGCUCAAAUUCCAGUAUACUUGAAGUACUAGACUCUGAUAGUAGUGGAAGCACUUUUGAACUAUUAAGAAUUCACAUUUAUAGACUAAUAUUAGUUGGCUGGACGUCUCUUUUGAUAUUUUGUUUGAUUGCAAAAGAGAAAAUAAAAGAUUUGUUUGAGUUUCGUUACAUAUUCUGGUGUGUUUUAAUUUCAGAAGCUAAGAUGAAAUCUAAAAUGCUGAAAACAUCAACUUCAAUUAUAACAGUAAUCUAUAACAAAUGCAAUUAUUUAUAUUAUAUUUUGACUUCCUUACGUCCUGUCUUAUUGCAAACCAUUUUUCAAAAGAUCUCAGAAUCACUACCAUCUGGUUUAUCUGAAUUCAAAAAGUGUAUACCUAUAGACUUGACCCCAAGAAGCAUAGGCGUAAUUUUCACCAUGAAGAGUUAUCCUUUAUUGAUGUGCCCCAAAGUGCCUCAACCAUUUCUUGAUGCGGAUAGAAUUAUAAAGGUACCAUCAGAAGAAGAAGUUCAAAAGGCUAUCUUCUUGAGAAAUGAAUAUUUUACCCAUCAAAGUACUUUUAUUGCUGCGGAAAAAGUUAGAUUGAUAAGCGAAAUUAGUAGAUUUAUUACUUGGAAUUGUUUCAUUUCUACUGUCUCCCAACUUAACAUAUAUGAAAAAGAAGGAAUAGUAUGGGAGGACCUAGAAGAUUGUGAUGCAGCAAUUAGAUCUCAGCUAGUUUUACUUGGACAAUCCAUUCUAAGUGAAUUGCAUUCAUUCAAAAAACGUUGCAAAGAGUCCGAGCUUGAAGAAUUCGAGGCAUUAUUACCUAGUAUAACGUUAGUUGAAGUUGUAUCAGGAGCUACCCUUUCUUUGAAUAAUAUUACAUCUUGUUCUAAGAAUGAUACAGAUUCAAUUGAUUACUCCCUUAGUUCUUCUUGUGUGGAUCGCAGAAAAUUGACCGUCUACCUAAGCGAUAACAGAUUACGAGAAGAAUUAAUACUCGAAGGCUUAAAGAGCACUGACAGUAAUGAGCUUGAGAGAACCUUGUAUGAAAAAUUACCGCCAUUUCCGCAAUUGCUUUUGAUACCUUCUCCUGAUGAUAUCAAUAUACAGACCCAAGGGUUUAUUUCAAAUUCCACACAUAAGGAGGAAGAUUCAGCUUUAGUUUACCUGAAAACUCGAAGGCUAGGGUUUAACUUCUUUUCAAGCUCACUUUUUUACUACCGCUGUAACAACGAGGAUCUUAUAUUCAACAUAAGUUUCGAAAAUUCGAUGCAUACGUCAACUCAAAGCUUGUUCAGUUAUGCUAGUCUGAUUUCUGGUCACUAUUUGGCAGCUUUCUUUCACAGACUCCGUCAACUACGGUUUUUUGAUCUUCAUUCUAGCAAGCAAGACGCUGAAAAUUCUAGUACUGAAAACUUUUCAAGACCUAGAGGAAGUCAGACAGAGUGGCACCAUAGUAAUGACCUGCUUUAA